UCCCUCUCUCUCUCCAAAAAUCUCCCUCUUGCCUCUUUCUCUCUCGUCCAGUCACGCACAUCAUCCACCAAUUAAACCCACCAGGCUUUGCACAAUAAAACAAAAAUGAACAAAUUUGCCUAUCGUCAAAAUGCCUUGGUGGGUUUUGGAGAGAUUGCUGUCUCUAAAGGCAUAGUUUGCCCCAAGCCCCGGAGGAGUGGGCUAUUCAAUUCUGCCUCAGUUCAGGUUAAUGAAACCUUUACCACAAAUGCUCCAUUGCUGCAAAUCAACAGUCAAGAAGUGGGGGGUUGCGAUUUGAAAGCUGGAACUGAGCUUCUGGAUAUGAUACUCACCAAGGGAGGGAGGUAUGAUGUUGAGUAUUCCAAUUUUCAGUUGGAUUCAUCUCCACCAUAUUUUUGUGGGUCUCCGCCUAGCAGGGCUUCAAAUCCCCUAAUUCAAGAUGUCAACUUUUGUAACGACAACUUUGUACCUAUAACACCAAUUCCAGAAUCAGCAGCACCCUUCUCCUCUUCCAGUCGUGGUUGCGUUCGGUUGAAGUUUGGGAACAAUUCAGCUCCUGUGAGGAUUGAAGGUUUCAAUUGUCGUGGCAGCUGCAGCAUCCCUGCUGUUGCUUAGGUAUAUAUAACUAACAUUCACUUACUCAGAAGAAGAGAGAAUUUUGAGGAGAGUGCAAGAAACCAAGUCGAAUGUCGUUUAGCUUUGUGUAUAUAUAUUGAAUGAUUAAAAGGAGGGUGGUCAAAGUCCUAUUUGCUGGAUGUGCUGAUGAAUUUUGUUCUGCAACCAUAAAAAUACCUAUGACGCGUAUAUUGUAAUGAGGUGAUGAAUGAGUAUCAAAUUCAGAAUAGGAAGCCAAUAACUUGUAAACUUGAGCUCCAGAGGGUAAAAGAUUGUCAUAUUUCCUCUGGGAGUAUUAGGAUUUUUUCCAGAAUUAGGCUAAUAUAUAGAAUAGUGUGAAGACUCGAGACAUUUUAACAAGAGAUGAGAUGAUCUUAAGAAAUUCUUUUGAUAUUGUAUUCUACUAGUGACUUCCCCCUCCCCCCCCCCCCCUUUCCAGUAAGCUACUGUAUUGUUGACAAUACUUCAGCUGUGUAGACGGAAGCAGCACGCCAUAAUGAGUUAUCCUGUCAACCUUUGAUAAUGAGUUAUGUAAUUAUUAAAGGAUAUAUACAACUAUCAUAUACUCAAUU